AUGGAUGUCUUAGACACGUUCCGCAUCAUUUGCAAGCUAAAAGAUAUGAUUAUGACGAGCAUAUGCUGUCGCGAGACGCUGGGGAGCAUCUCUUCCAAGACCAAGCUGGAGCUGGCCUGGCGGAACCGGGAACGCAGCCUGGAGGCGGUGAGGGCACGCGCGGCCAGAUCCAAGCACAGGGCGGCCGCCGCCAGCGAGAGAAUGGCGAGGCAGCGGGCCGCCCUGGUCCUCCGUCUGGAGCGCAAGGCGGCCGCCGGGGCCCGCGCGGCCGCCGCAUUCCUGCGCCUGGACCUGCCCGUGAUUGUGAGCCCCUCGCCCAGCCCGUCGCUGGCACCCGGGUCCACUGCUCUGGCCGCCGCGGUGCACGUCGCCGCGAGCAGCGACGCGCCUCUGGCCGCCGUCAGCGCGCGCUUCGACCGCCUGACGGCGGCGCUGGGCAAGGCAUUGGACGGCGACGCGGCUUCGCGCACGGCCACGCAGGACCCCACUCCCACGGCGGCCCUGCCCGCCUUUGACGCGGCCUGGGUGGAGUACCUGGAGCUCUUCGUGGCCUGGAAGGCGGCCGACGCCGCCGCGCUCGAGGCCGAUCUCAUCCGCAUCGCGGUGGAGCUGCAGGCCUCGGCCGCGCGCAAGCGGGAGGAAAGCGCGGCGCGAGAUGUGCGCGCACGCAGCGCGCCAGACAUGGCGGCUCUGGAGGCGGCGCUGCAGGCCGACCUCGCCCUCCUGCGCGAGCGGGUGCUGCAGCUGACCGGGCGGGCGGGGCUGCGCCGGCUAGAGGCCGCCCUGCGCGCCACGCCGGGGGAGGGCGAGGCGGUGGGAGGGGCGCCGGGACUCGAUGGCGCUGAGGGGCAGGGGCGUGGCACUACCUCCCAGCCGGCCGCCGCCGCCGAGGAGGGCGGAGAAGGUGGUGUGGCGCAGACGAUAGACGCCUGGGACGUGGACGCCUUCCUGGCACAGCACCCCAACUUCAGGCUGCUCUGGCAGCUCCUGCACGAACCCACCUGGCGCCUGCCGACAGAGGAAGCCGAAGGCGCGUGGCGCGGUGCUGUGCGCGCAGAGACCGGCCCGGACAUGGCUUCGCGCCCCGUGGUCGACGCCGGGAGCGGGAGGGUCGACGCCGCGCGGUUGAGGACCAUCGCGGAGGCGGCGUUCUGGGACGGGCUGCGCCACGACUUGAACAAGGCUGACACCGCAGGGACGGCCGGCGAGACGGCGCGGCGCGGCGUCUUGCAGCGGGUGCAUGCAAUCUUGUCUGAGCAGGCGGCAGAGCUGCUGGACGCACUGGACCCCGCCUCUUCAUUGAUCGAGGUGGUGGGCGCCCACCUCAGCACCGACAAGCUGCGGACCCUGCUGGGCGAGUCUCAUGCAACGCCCCUGCAUCAGCCCCUGCUGGGCCUGCUGAGGUGGUCCAUCCAGCUGCUGCCCAAAGAGCUCCACCCGGAGGCGGAGCGCGCCUGCGCGUCGCUGGCAGGAUCGGCGUCGGAGAGCGCCGAGCCCACGGGCACAGCCGCCCCCCCCCCCAACCCUCGCCGCUGA